GCCGAAGAAGCCUCCUUAGCGAAAUCACGCGCUACUGCACUCGAUCUAUAUUGCCCGUGGGCGCUCUCCAUUCAACGCUGCCCGACUGGCAGAGACUGAAGCUACUCAAGAGCUAAUCCCAACUUUGUGUCCUGCAGCCCGCUGGCCUCGGGAUCUGCAUCGCCGUCAUGACUGUCCAGUCGAAACUCCUCUCUUCGAAACUACGUCCCACCGGGGAGCAAGUAAAGAAGCUGGUGGAUGCCUAUUCAACCCAUCGACCUCUCAUUCAGCGAGCCCUUCUACUCGGCUUCGUCGCACACAUCCUGACGACGACCUAUCUCGGACUGAACGGAAAGUCAAACCCCUCCAAGCCAUCUAAGAGGGACAAAGGAAAGGGCAAGGCAACAGACGGCAAUGACGGGAAGAAGCAGAGGGUCGCCAUAGAUGCCGUAUUCUAUCAACGUCUCUCCACCAUCCUGCGUAUUGUGAUACCGAGUCUACGCUCGAAGGAAGCCUUGCUUCUCGUGAUGCAUUCUAGCCUGCUCAUAUUCCGGACUGUCAUAUCGCUAUACGUCGCUGCACUAGAUGGCAGGAUAGUGGCGUCGCUAGUCAGAGCACAGCCAAUACCCUUCCUCCUCAAUAUACUCCGCUGGCUGCUCGUCGCAAUCCCGGCAACGUGGACGAACAGCUGGCUCAGUUACAUCCAGAACAAGCUUGCCCUUGCAUAUAGAACCCGGUUGACUGAUGCAGUCAUGAAACAAUAUCUAGGCGACGAGAAGCUUGCACAAGAUCUCAAGAUAUUCUAUAAGUUAUCGAACCUCGAUGACAGGAUCAAGAAUCCGGACCAGAUGAUAACCCACGAUAUACAGCGAUUCUCAACUCACCUCGCUGCCAUCUACGCGAACGUUGCGAAACCGAUUCUAGACAUGAUCCUUUACAACUACCAGCUUUCCCAGAACGUGGGUGCGGAGGGACUCUUUGCACUCACCUUCGCCGUGCAAGCAUCCGCGGCUCUCCUGCGUGCCCUCACGCCGCCCUUCGGCAUGUAUACGGCACUGUCAGCACAGCUAGCGGGGAACCUGCGUCACACGCAUUCUCGUCUUGCGGAGUUCGCGGAAGAAAUCGCGUUCUUCGGCGGCGAGAACACUGAAAAGAUGUUGGCUGAACGUGAGUACGCAGGUCUAGUACAACACGAAUCCAAGGUGUUGCGGAAAGCAUGGUGGCAUGGAUGCGCCGAAGAGGGAAUCAUCAAGUGGGUGUGGGGAAGCUUCGGUCUGUGCAUAUGUGCCAUCCCCGUCUUCUUCAAGAUCCCUGGCGUAGAUAAUCUCGACUUAGGCGGUCGGACGGAAGGAUUCGUCACGAACCGCAGAUUACUGCUGUCUGCGUCGGAUGCGUUCGGGCGUGUGAUGUACUCAUAUAAGGAGCUCUCCGAACUUGCGGGGUACACCGCGCGUGUAGCACAGCUGCUCGAGACGAUGUCCGACGUCCGUAAGGGCAAAUUUGAGAAGGCAUUGGUCAGCAGCGCAAAUACAGAAGAGAAUGCGAAGAUCCUCAAGGGCCGGGGUGUCAUCAUCGAGUCGGACGAGAUUGAGUUCGAUUCAGUGCCGAUCGUGACCCCUAAUGGCGACAUCCUCGUCCGUAGCUUGAGCUUCUACGUGAAACCAGGGCAACAUUUGCUCAUCGUGGGACCAAAUGGCUGUGGAAAGUCUUCGUUGUUCCGUAUCUUAGGCGGCCUUUGGCCUGUCUAUGGUGGCAUCGUCCGUAAGCCACCGGCGUCGCAAUUCAUCCUGAUCCCGCAAAGGCCAUACCUAUCCUUGGGCACGCUCCGGGAUCAAGUCAUAUAUCCGCACGGCAGAGAGGACAUGGAAGGAAGGGGCAUGACCGACGACGAUCUCUUUGCUAUACUUGCUAUUGUCCAGAUGGACAACGUUGUCGAGCGUGAAGGGGGGUGGGACAUUGCACGCGAUUGGAGGGAUGCGCUCAGUGGAGGAGAUCAGCAGAAGAUCGCUUGGGCGCGCCUGUUCUAUCACCGGCCGAAGUAUGCCGUACUUGAUGAGGCGACUUCCCUCGUACCGCCAGACAUGGAGGGCAGGAUGAUGGAGCACGCAGCCAAGCUCGGAAUAACGCUACUGACCGUUUCCCAUCGACCGUCCUUGUGGAGGUACCACUCGAUGAUUCUGCAGUAUGAUGGUCAGGGCGGAUAUGUCUUCACGAAACUUGAUUCAGAGAAGCGACUGGCACUUCAGCAAGAGAAGGAAGCUCUCGAAGCAAAACUGCUUGAAGUCCCAAAGAUGAGGGCCAGACUUGUCGAACUGCAGGCCCUGCAGUCAGAGCAGGCGUAAGCACGUUGUAUGUCACGGCAUGUUGGUAUGAACACUCUGGAUGGUAUGUUCUCUUGUUUGUACGUGUACCCCGCUUCUGUAUUACUGUUCACGACCCCAUUCUCUACGAUGCGAUGAACAAUUCGGCGUCACGGCGCUGGCUCAUAAGUAAUUGAAGAGUCUCCUGCUCCUCACGACUCCCCGUUAC